AUGACGACGCCUCCACUCUUUUACAGGCAUCCCCGGCCACCGGGCGUUCGCAUCAGCAAGAUCAUGGCCGGCAACCUGCAUAACGCGGUGUCGUUAAUCCUAUCGCAUAUGAUGGGGGGCUUCUCCUUCGUCGCCGUCGACACCCAGUUCCCCGGCGAAGUCCACCGCCACCCGAGAGGGGACGCGCUCACCGCCGACGAGCGCUACGGGGUUGUGAAGGCCAACGCCGAUGAGCUCCGCCUGCUGCAGAUGGGCAUCACCCUGUGCGACGCCCAGGGCCGCCUUCCCGUCAUCCCGUGGGGCGCCGACGGCGGCUUGCACGAGAUGAUGUGGGAGGUCGAUUUCUGCGACUUCGACGCCCGCCUCCACCGCCACGUACCGGAGUCCGUCGAGUUCUUGAGAAGCCAGGGCUUCGACUUCUUGGCCGCGCGCCACUUCGGCGUGCCGGCCGACGUGUUCGCUGCCGAGCUACACCGCGCCGGCAUCCUCCGGCUCCCCGGCAUCACGUGGGUCACCUUCGGCGGCAUGUACGACGCCGCCUUCAUGUUCAAGCUCGCCACCUUCGGCGCGCCGCUGCCGGAGUCGAGGCAGGGGCUCGUCGCGCAGGUCGGCGCCCACUUCGGGCCGCUGGUGUUCGACGGCAAGUACAUGGCGUUGGCGGUGAACGCGCACGGCAGCCUGGCCGCCGUCGGCGAGAAGCUCGGGCUGCCGGCGCUGGAGCCCAACAUCCAUAUGGCCGGGCCGAACAGCCUCAUGGCGAUCCACGUCUUCAUGGAGCUGAGGAGAAGGUUCGUCCCCCUGAGAGGCGGCCACCGCAGCUGCUCGCUCCAAUUUUAUGGCUUGAUUUGA